AUUCACGCUAGCUGAAGAGAACACACUGCUUUCUCGCGCAUUGAAGUUUCUCCCGACGUCGCUCGGCUGAAACGUCAAACGGCAUUGUUUACUUUAUGCUUUUGGGCCAGCUCAGUCAGUAAUAGUUCUGGCGUGUGAAAGUGUUGAAGUCAAAAAUCUUCUGUAAAAUUUUAAAAGCAUGGUUAGUGAAAACGAAAGUGCUAAUUCGAAAGCGGAGGAUGUAGUUAAAGUUCGCAAACCAAACAAAAAACAGCCACACUUGGAUGCAGACUCGGAAGUUGAUCACAACUGGUGGAUCAUUUUCGUGGUUAUACUGGCACUGACAUUCGCCACGAGAUUCUACAAUGUGACUAUUCCGGAUCACGUAUGCUGGGACGAGACUCAUUUCGGCAAGAUGGGCAGUUGGUACAUUAAUCGAACGUUUUUCUUCGACGUUCACCCGCCGCUCGGAAAGAUGCUUAUCGGACUGUCCGGAUACCUAACCGGGUACGACGGAAAGUAUCCGUUUGAUAAGCCUGGUGAUAAAUAUAAUGGGACGCACUACGAGGGUAUGAGAAUUUUCUGUACCGCCCUAGGCGCAGCUAUAGUGCCAAUGUCGUUUCACACGGUUUGGGAUAUGACGGGAUCACUGACCGCUUCGACUUUUGCUGCGGCAUACAUUUUGUUCGACAUUGGCAUGCUGAUUCUGAAUCGUUACAUUCUACUAGAUCCGCCGUUAAUCUUUUUCAUGACGGCUUCCGUGAUGGGAAUGGCUCGUGUAACGAAAUUAACGCGAACCGAAUGUAGCUUCACUCGUGGUUGGUGGGCUUGGUUGAGCUUUACCGGUGCCAUGCUAGCCUGCACGAUUAGCGUAAAGUUUGUCGGUUUGUUUGUCGUUCUGCUGGUAGGUUUGCACACGGCCAACGAUCUCUGGGAUGUGUUGGGCGAUCUAGCUAAACCUAUAACGUACACCGUCAAGCAACUGCUAGCCCGAGCGUUAACGUUAAUUAUUCUGCCGAUCUUUUUAUACGCAACAUUUUUCUACAUUCACCUACACGUCCUGAAUCACAGCGGUAGUGGAGAUGGAUUUUACAGUUCCGGCUUCCAGUCGAAUCUUAUUGGAAAUUCGCUGUACAAUGUCUCCAUGCCUCGUCAAGUUGCUUACGGAGCAGUCGUCACAAUCAAAAAUCAUAAAACGGGUGGUGGUUAUCUGCACUCCCAUAACCACUUGUACCCUAAAGGAUUCGGCGCCCAACAGCAGCAGGUUACGACAUACAGUCACAAGGACGAUAACAACAAGUGGUUGCUGAAACCGCACAGCAAACAAAGCUUUGACAAUGUUACAUUGGUAAAGCACGGUGAUCUAGUACGAUUCGAGCACAUUACUACAAAGCGAAAUUUACACUCACACCGCGAACAGGCGCCAGUUACGAAAAAGCACCUGCAAGUUACGUGUUACGGUGAGGAGGGACAGGGUGACACAAACGAUGUCUGGCAAGUGCAAAUGAUUGGAGGUAAGGAUGGUGAUGUUAUCGAAACCGUAACCAGCCGACUGGUUUUCUAUCACUACAUUGAACGAUGCGUCCUAACGACGACCUCCAAGCAGCUGCCGAAGUGGGGCUUCGAACAGCAGGAGGUAACCUGUAAUCCGAACAUUCGUGACCAGAGCGCCGUAUGGAAUGUCGAGGAUAAUCAUUUCGAGAAGCUUCCGAGUGUAAACUUCCAAGUGUACGCACCCGGUUUCUUGAGUCGUUUCUUCGAAUCACAUGCCGUUAUGCUGCAAGGUAAUUCAGGACUCAAACCGAAGGAUGGCGAGGUCACGAGCAGACCGUGGCAGUGGCCGAUCAACUAUAGGGGUCAAUUCUUCUCCGGUUCCGAGCACCGCGUCUAUUUGCUGGGAAAUCCCAUCAUUUGGUGGAGCAAUUUAGUUUUUCUGGCACUAUUCAUCAUAGUGUUCCUGGUGGAGGUAAUAAAAAAUCAGCGUAAUGCGAACACAACUCGAGACGGUGCCGACGACGAUUUCAAAUGGAGAUCGCUACGGGCAUCGGUUUGGCUAUUCGGAGGAUGGCUUAUGCACUAUCUGCCUUUCUAUGCAAUGGGCAGGGUCCUGUAUUUCCAUCAUUACUUUCCAGCGCUGGUGUUCAACUCAAUGCUUGCAGGAGUGAUGCUCGACUAUCUGACAGGAAAGCUACCGAACUGGCUUCGGCACACGGUAUUGGGUGCCGCGCUGGCCGCACUAAUCUACAGUUUCGCACUCUUCUCGCCGCUAGCGUACGGCAUGACUGGGCCGUUUUCGCAUGAACCCAACUCGACACUGGCCGGACUCAAGUGGAUGGAUACGUGGGAAUUUUAAAGAUCCACAAUUACACAAUUUGUUUUCCUCUGUCGCUCCUAUUCAGCUAAAGCUUUCCUACUUUUCUUAUUUACGGCAUUUGUCAACCACAAUGCAUAGUUCAAGGGCCGCAUAGCGGUUGAGAGGUUUGUUAUUGGAAGUUGUUUCUAAACCACGUAGUCAUUAAAAGGAUGAUGGCAAGGGGAGGGGAUUUUGCCAAGUGACCAGAAAAGAUCGUUAUUAUCAAGAGGUAUUAGCCAACAUUAAAGAACGCUUCAAGGAUUGGCGAUUUGUUUUCAGUUAGCGAACAAAUCUUUGAAGAGAUGUUAAGUUCUGAGUAUCGAGAAAAUUUAUCAGAACGAUUUUAAAAAAAGCCUAAUCAUGAAGUAGGUCGUAUAUCAAUGUUAAUAGUUGAAAAAAUAGAAAAUUCAAAGGAUGUUUAUGAUUUUAAAAAUGGAACCACUCUUUUAUGUACUGUAAAAAACCUGCCACUUUUUCGGUAAGAAUAAAAUAUAUUCUUUCUAUUAGCAUAAACAUCAGUUAACAGUUUAUCUUUCAUAUAUACAGUGAUCACCCGAUUAUAUCACCCCCUGAUGAUAUUUAAGGUGAUAAAAUAGGAAAAGUGAUAAAAUCGGGAAAUUUUUAAAGUUUUAUUUUUUUUAUUGGAACAAUAACUAAAUACGUAAAAUCAGUGAUGUUAAUUUUUUUGGAAAAUUUAUCUGUAGAAAUAUAUGGUCAGCGUGCGACCAGACUGAGCCAAAAAAUUGAGUUUUUACAAUAGUGGCUGUUGAAAUUGAUAAUCUAUCUUUCAUAACAAAAAGAAUGAUUUGAACAGUUUAUAAUGGUAUUAUAACAAAAUUUCUCUACAGCAGCUUGCAGGAAACAUACGGGGUGGUUAAACUUUAUUUAACUAAAUUUCUAUUUUUAAUAACGGUUUUAACCCGUUAACACGCAAGUUCAUUAAGCAGACAGUAUGUGAAGUAGGGAGAGCGAAAAAUAAGCGAACUGGAAAUAUGAUACAGAUUUGGAAAAAUAUACCGCAUCCCGAUUUUUUUUUUAUCAUGGUGGAAACCUGCCGAAGCAAACCACUGCUGAAGCCGUUCUCUACCCUAUGUGUUGUCACUAAUUGUGAGCAAAAUUUGUUCAAACUUUGUUGUCAAAAAAAAACAUAUUUUCCUAUUGAGAAUAUGGCAAUGACCCAGUUAAUGAUAAAACUAAAGUGGUAACUUUUUAUAAUUAAAUUUAAAAGCUCGGUUUAAAUCUUCUACCUCCUUUAUUCGAUUUAAAAUGGUAAAAAGGAUUAGAGUACUACAAAAAAUCGAUAGAAAUGAAAUUCGAGGUAUUUGUCAAAAGAGUUUAACAGUUUUUGAAAUGUAAGUUCGAUUUGGUGGUACUUUAACCAAUUACCACAUGAUUUUUGUAGCUUAUUCCAAACGUACAUUAUUCGAAUUAAAGCCAAAUGUAAGGCAAAAUAUUAUAGUCUUCUUGAAUAAAUGAAAGAUUCUUACAAA